AUGAAUUCAGAAGCUAAGCUCAAAACUUUGGAAUCAUAAAACAUAUGUAACCAAAAUAAAAAUAAUACGCUAAAUAAAUUGGGACAGAUUGAUGAAAGUCCUUCACCAAUAGAUUUGAAUAAGGAUGAUAGGGUCAUUAAUUUACUCAAUAAAUAAAAUUCUACAUAAAAGAAUUAUAAUAGUAGGAAUCGCAUUAAUUCUGCUUUAUUGUCACAGACAAAUAUCAAAUCCUAACAAGACUUGAAUGUCCAGCUUAAAUCAUAUAAGUAAAGCAGAUCAAAAGUAAAUAGUAAUGCCAACUAGAGUUCCAUUUUAGAGUCUCGAAAAAUGUAUGAAGAAGGAUAUGAAAAAGGUUUAAAUGAAAACCUUGCAAAAUACUUGUGUAAGAAUUUUAAUGAUUUGGAGAUGUAUCUAUAACCCAAUCAAAUGAAUGAGUUAAGAAAAACUCAAAAUGUUUAGGCUUUAUCAAAAACAUAUUCGGCAGUCUCUUCAUACAGGUUGAUUUAGUCAGUUUUAAAUCUAUGUAUAUUAUUUAUUGGAUCUUACUUUAUAGAUGAUUUAAAGUAAGAAUGGUAAGAAUUUUGGCUUGUCUUAAGUGGGAUGAUAGGCAUUUAAGUUGCAUUCUUUGUUAUAGGAAUGCUGGCUAAUAUUUAUUGGAGAUUUGAGUCUCCACAAAGUGACAAGAAGAGAUGUUUAAAAAUUAAUUAAAAAUGCGAUUUGCUGUUUUUGAUCUUUUAUUAUAUUGAAUUUUUAUUUCUUUCAGAGUUUAUUCUCUUAAAAGAUUCUAUUUAUUAGGCUAAUUACAAGUAUAUGCUAAUCGAAUUAAUACUAAGAGCAGCUAUAAUUAGCUGUUCUUAUGCUUUCAUUCUAUAGAAAAAGAAAUAUUUCUUUCUAAUUUUUUUAACCUUUAUUGUUUAUAUUCCAAUUCGCUAGUCUUUAGAAUGGUAUAGAUAUUUUACUUCAAAUAUCUAAAUUAUUUUCUCAAGCUUAUGCUUAAUGAUGAUAGUUUAUACUAUUCGCUUCUAGUUUAAAGAUAGUGUAGAUGAAGCAUAUAAAAGUACUAUUUUUGCAUACAAAGACAUAAUAAGUGAUCUAUGUCUAAGAUUAAAAUAACCAUAAAACCAAACCUAAAACUCUAAUCUUGCAGACAUUGUAUCAGAAAAUAAUGAGAAAAUACCUAUGCCCGUAACUAAAAAGCCAUAAUCAGAAAUAUUUAAGCCAAAAAAGCGUAAAAUUUUAAAUGAGGCAUAAAAAAGCACCAAUUAAAAUAUCCAGAAUUCUAAAUAGCUUUGCAGUGAGCUCUUUGAUUUAAAGGAAAGUUUUCUGAUAGAUCUCAUAGAGUCAAUUAGCGAGGGUUACUGUAUUAUUGAUGAAAAUCUUAAUCUUCUAAAAAUGAAUAAUGAUAUGCUGAAAUUUUUUGAAGCUGAUUCAUUCUAAGAAUGUCUGAAUAUAAUAUUUUAUUCUGGUCUUAUCAGCACUAACGGAGAAGGAGAAGGUCAGACACAAUAUUAAGACAAAAGCAAAUAAUUAAGCUAAGAACAUCCUCAAUCACAGGUGUUUAACUUUAACUAAAUUAAUAAUUAUGACACUGUGAGGAAAGACAGUCAAUAGAGAAGAGGAACGAUUAUAGAAAUCAUGGAUAUGGAUACUUCUCCUAUGACAAAUUUUCAUGAAAAAUAUAAUCGCUUGAACGCUGGCCAAUUCUUUAAGAUAUAUCAUCAUUUUAACAAUAAUUCAUUAGAAGGAAAUCCCAAUUAAAAUUAAAUUAAUGAAUUUAUAGACUAAUCAUUUCAAUCAAAAUAUUAUGAAUAAAUAACACCAAAACAAAAGUAGAAAGAUUUAAAAAUAAAUGCCACUUCAUAAAGAUAAUAUUUGAAUUAACUUAAUGGAAUAAGUAACGAAACAAUAAUUUUGAAAGAGAUAAAUGCUAUUACAUCUUAACUUAAAGCUUAAAAAAAAUCACCAUUAAAUUCUUCCAAAAAAGGCCAAGGUUAAGCAGAAAUUUUAUAUAGCCAUCAAAAAAAUUUUUAUGUCAAAUUCACAUCUGUAAGCAAUAACUAACAAUCAAUAUAUUUAUUCUUGCGAGUAACACCAAUUGUUAAAGAUAGUAAAAUAUUUUUUUUGAUUGACGCUACAAACAAAACUCUUUUUCAAUCCUACUGCAAUCUUGAAGCCCUGUAUAAUAGAUAAUAAUCCAUAAUUAGAGGAUUCACAGAAGAAACAUAUUAUUCCAUUCACUAUCUUAUUCAAAAACUCUAAGAAUCUAAACAAUUUUGCUAAACUGAUUUUUCUAAGUUUCAUAUAGACCCUCUUUUAUCAUAAGCUCAUAUUUUACAAAAUACUUUACAAAUUUUAUUUGAAAUAAGCAAUAAAAAGAAGCCUUUUUAGCUUAACCUGUAAGUUGAAAAUCUCAUCGAAUUUUUGCAGUAUGAAAUCAUUGACAUUUUUAACUUAGAGGCUAAGAGUAAAAAGAUUCUAUUAAAAAUUGAAACAGACAACGAUGUACCAAGUUAAGUUAGCACAGACUUUGAAAAGCUUAAAAUUAUUUUAACGAUAAUAAUUUAAAAUUACAUGAACUUUAUUUAAGAAAAUUAGAGUAUAAUUAUAAGUAUUAAAAAUUAGUCAUUGUAAAGCGGUGACCAUGAUUUUUCUUAUGGAGAAGAUAAUUAGAAUUUAAACUAAACUAAAUUAAAUGCAUUUUUAUUACAAUUUAAUGUGUACCUUAGUUUCUCCUCACCUCUUUAAGGUGGAGAAGAAUAAUAAAGAAUAUAAUAAAUAUUUACUUAAAGUUUGAAAAAUUCAUAAGAGCAAGCAGAUCAAAAUAAAUCUUUUAUGUUUGGAAGUCCAUAUUGUGGUUUCAACUAAAAUUAUCCAAAUCAAAAUAGUCCUUACUAACAUAUCAAUAUUAGCAGAAAAAGCUCAUUUUACAAAAAGAAGGCCUCAAUGCAGCAAUAAAUUGAUGAGAUAUUUGAAUAAAUUAACAAUAUUUAAGUCUGCGAUAUAAUUGCUCAAAAAUUAGUUGGACCAUUAUUUAAUUAAAUAAAUUUAAAGAGUAGCACAAAGCUAAACAAUGGUCUUUAAUUUGAAAAAAACGAAAAAGGUUUUCCUUGCUUAUCUUUUUUGAUCGAAAGCUAAGUGGUCAUUCAUUCUUAUGAAAAAGAUAUUUCCUCAAAGUUUACAGCUCAUCCAGCAGAUAAUAGCUAAAAUAUUUUCUUGAGACAAACGACUGAUACUUAUUCUCCUAUUUAUUACAGCUACAGAUAACCACCUCGACAUAAAUUAGAAGUCAAUGAAAGAGAAGAUGACUGCCAAGAAGGCUUAAUUUAGAUCGAUUUAAUACCUUAAAAGGUUUAACCAACUAGUUUACAUAACUUCCCUCAAACAAAAAGUAUUUUACAUAUCACUCAGCACGAAUCCAGAAAGCAGAGUAUGAUAUCAAAUAUUAAUAGCUUGAAUGAAAUCUAUAAAGCUGAAGAGCAAGGAUUGCUUGAUGUUACAAAUAAUAAUCUAAACUAACAAAGGAAUAUAUGCAAGAAGAUAACUCAAAAUCCUAAAUCUUUAUCUGGACUACCAUUUGAUUUUAAUGUAGCUACAACAGUUUUUAGCACUCACAAUUAAGAUGAUUUAGAUGACACUAAUUAAAUUGGGUUAAAGAAUAAUAACAGGUAAACUCUAAAACUGGAAAAUAUACCUGAAGUGUAGGUCUUAGAGAUAUCUAAGGAAGUAACUGUAACUCAAAAUGAUAACGAUGAAAAUAUUAGUGAUCAAAAGAAAAAUGAAAAAAAAAAUAAAUAGGCAAUGAAAUACUUAGAUAAAGAUGGGAGAAAAUAAGCAGAUAUAUUAAACUCUUAAACUUCUCCGUAAUAAAAAAAUAUAUUUUAAUAAAGCAGUAAAGCAAAUAAAGAAUUAUUUUUUCAAAAUAAGUAAAUGACAUUUAAUAAAUAUUCUCUUUAAUCAUCAACUUCUACAAAUUCUCCGCGUCUUAAAAAGAAAACUGUAGAAGGCGGCGUGGAUUAUAAUUCUUAUAAAGAUUUACCUUCUUCUCUAAGUUUAUAUCCAAAUAACUAAAACUUAAAACUUCAGUAUUAAGAUGAGGUUAUUAUUAACAGCAAACAAAAUUAAAAUGCAAGUGGGCAGGAUUCAAUAAUAUUUUUACAGAAUCAAAAAAAUGAAAAAUAACUAGAAAUCAAUAUUGCUUCUGAAAAACAAGUAAUUUAAAACCCAUAAAAUAAAUAGGUUUUGCUGAAUACAGUAGGAGAUUAGUUUACAGGCUAGCAGAGCCAUAUAAGUUUAAAUAAAAAAAUAGAUUAGGAUUUUUAAAAAAUAAAUAGAGGAUUUGUUUUGAAUAAUAAUAACGAUCAUAAUCAAAUUAAGAAUUUAAUAGUUAGUGGUGGAAAUCAAGGAAACGGAGAUUAAAGUGCAUUAAUGUAUUUAAAUUAGCCUACUCCUUUGUUUUCAGCAACCCAACAUUCUAAGAUUCUUCCAAAAUUGGAGAUAGCUCAAUCGGUCAAGUAUAACUAGCCUUUAAAUUUAGAAAAAAAAUAAAUUUUAUUUGUAGAUAAGCACUAGUUAUAUCAUACUAUGUUUUAACAAGUUCUUUCUCAAUAUGCGAAAGAACAAGAGGAUGAAUCAUUCCAAUCUGCUUAUACAGUAGAGGAAUGCAUUUCAUUAAUAGAAAAUUAAUAUUAUUAAAAUAAAUAUUAAUAUCAAUAUAUUUUUAUUGACAACAAAAUGCUAAAUGAAGGAAAUAAUCACUUGAUUGACUCGAUCAAAUAAAUAUUUUAAUAAAAUAAAAUUCAAUUUGAAAGCUUAAUUUUUAUAUGCUCUAAUUAGUACUUUGAUUCAUCUUGCUUUAUAAGAUUCGGGAUUACUUCAUCUUUAAAGAAACCAAUCACAUUAAAGGAAUUAGAAGAAAAAAAAAUUAUUCUGCAAAAAAAAAUUUAAUAAAAUACAACAUUAUCUUAAAGUUUUUCUCCGAUUCCUCUAAUUAAAGCCUAAAAUGAAAUUUUUUAUUGA